UUUCACAAUUUUAAUUACUAUUCAUGAUUUAUUAUACACCCAAAUAUAUAAGUGGUCCUCUCAAUUCUAUGUUAAUACAUGGAAAUAAAGGAUGAUUCGUCAAAGAAUGGCAGUGGAAUCUUGGAGCAACUGGAGCAUCAAGUGAAGUUAAAAAUAAAUACUAUAAAGGGUUUACUAGAUUUAAGGUCAGACAAGCCAAAUGAGAAAUAUAAAGAGGUUUUUGAAGAGGUUUUCAGGGUCUUCUCUGAGGUCAAUGAUCUCGUCGACACACUUACUGCUAAGGUCGAGAAUGAGAAACUGUUUGUAAAAUAUAUAAGUCACAUAUUAGCGUCAAAUGAACUGCAACUGGGAAAUUUAAAAAAAUUGUCCGAAAUUAUAAACGAUACAGAAAUUCAUCCAGAAUCAUUCAAACAGGAUGUGCCAUCUGAGAUUCCAAAUCAAAAGAAUACUCUCGGAAACAGCUCUAAGAAAGUAUAUUCUAAUAAAAAUCUAGUUCCAAGACCCAUGAAGACCAUCAAACCUCCAAUUUUUAAAAAUAAAAAUGAAAAGGAAACAAGAUAUGGCGUUUUCAAAAGGGUGUGAAGUUUUUCACAAUUUGACCAUAAAAUGUAAAUAUAUUUAAAUUACAAGAUGGAUUUUAAUAGAAUAAUAAAUGUGUUUGAUAACAUUUAUAAAAUAAAUUACAAGUAUAUAUCUAAGGAUGUGCAGUCACUGUGAUAUCACAGUUGAUAAAUAAAUUAUCCAAUUUAUAAUGAUUUAAAAUAUUGUUGAAUAAUGCUUUGAUUUAAAAUGUAUUUAUACAUAUUUUGGAGGAGAUUCCUCACCCUGACCCUGCAUGUGUUUUUAAUAUACAUGUCCCCUUUAGGGGUUAAUAUACCUAAAAAAUAUCAAGUACACAAAAGUUGCCACUUAUAAGGGGUGUCGCAGAGAGGUGCCACUUAAAGGCUGCUUUUUGUUCAAAAGUUGCCAGUUA